AUGGAUCGUUGCAUCUAUGGUUGCUCCGCCUUAUCUUUCUUCUUCCUCCUCUUCACUGCCUCAGCUUCGCCACACACUCUCGAACCGGUUCACCACAACAUAACCGGGUCUGGUCAAAUAAACUCAAACUCAGUCCUCGUCGCUCUCCUCGACUCUCGUUACACCGAGCUCGCGGAGCUCGUCGAGAAAGCUCUCCUCCUCCAAACACUAGAAGACGCCGUUGGUCGUCACAAUAUUACCAUUUUCGCCCCUCGUAACGAAGCCUUAGAGCGUGACCUUGACCCGGAUUUCAAACGGUUCUUGCUCCAACCGGGUAACCUCAAAUCCCUCCAAACGCUUCUCUUGUCCCACAUUAUCCCCACCCGGGUCGGGUCAAACCAAUGGCCCGAAGAUAAUAAUUCGAGACGUGUCAAACACGUCACGUUAGGACACGACCAGGUUUUGCAUUUGAGCAAAACCAAAGGUAACGGGAAGAGACUAGUGAACUCCGCCGUGAUAACCCGACCCGAUGAUUUGACCCGACCCGACGGGUUGAUCCACGGAAUCGAACGGCUUUUAAUCCCACGCUCCGUCCAAGAAGAUUUCAACCGUCGGAGAAACCUCCGGUCAAUCUCCGCCGUGUUACCCGAAGGAGCUCCGGAGAUCGACCCGAGAACAAACCGUCUCAAAAAAUCCGCCGCAGUACCCGCCGGAGCUCCGCCGGUACUCCCGAUCCAAUCCGCCAUGGCUCCAGGUCCGUCGCUAGCUCCGGCGCCGGCGCCGGGACCCGGAGGUCCACGUCACCAUUUCAACGGCGAGGCUCAGGUCAAAGACUUCAUCCACACGUUGCUACAUUACGGCGGAUACAACGAGAUGGCGGAUAUUCUCGUGAACCUGACGUCGCUGGCGACGGAGAUGGGACGGUUAGUGUCGGAAGGUUAUGUCCUCACCGUGUUGGCUCCCAACGACGAGGCUAUGGCGAAGCUGACGACUGAUCAGCUGAGCGAGCCCGGAGCUCCGGAGCAGAUAAUGUAUUAUCAUAUCAUACCGGAGUAUCAAACGGAGGAGAGUAUGUAUAACUCGGUUAGGAGGUUUGGGAAGGUGAAGUAUGAAACGCUGCGUUUUCCUCAUAAAGUUGCGGCGAAGGAAGCUGAUGGUUCGGUUAAGUUCGGUUCGGGUGACCGGUCUGCUUAUUUGUUUGAUCCGGAUAUUUAUACGGACGGUCGGAUUUCGGUUCAGGGGAUUGAUGGUGUCUUGUUCCCUGAGGAGGAAGAAGAGACGGUUCAGAAACCGAGUAGUUCGGUUAAGAAGGUUGUUCAGCCAAGAAGAGGUACGUUUGAUUGA